UUACUGGAACUUGUUUUAUCUUAAUAUAGAUAGACAUAUUUCAAUACAAACAUAUAGUUAUUAGAAUGCUGGGAACAAGAAUACAGAUUCUAAAUAUUCUUAUAUUUCAACUCAUCAUUCUUAAUACCUUAGAGGGCAAGACUAUGAACGGAAGUAUAGUAGUCAGCACUUGGAACUUCCUAGAGGCAAACCUGGCAGCAUGGCAGGUUCUUGAAAAGGGUGGUAAUGUUUUGGACAGCAUAGAGGAAGGGUGUACUGUCUGUGAAGAACUUCAGUGUGACGGAACGGUUGGAUAUGGGGGUAGUCCUGAUGAAUCUGGUGAGACUACGCUUGAUGCUAUGAUCAUGGAUGGAAAUACACUAAAUGUUGGUGCUGUUGGUUGCCUGCAGUACAUAAAGCCUGUAAUGAGGGUUGCCAGGAAGGUUUUAGAUCAUACCAAACAUACUCUACUCGUCGGGGAGAAGGCAACACAGUUUGCGGAAACUUUCGGAUUCAAACGAGAAUCACUUUCGACAGCCGAAUCUACCGAAAAAUGGAAAAAAUGGAAGGAGAAUAGAUGCCAGCCUAAUUUCUGGGUUGAUAUGCAACCUAGUCCUGACAAGCAAUGUGGACCUUAUACUCCUACUCUGGCAGAUUUUGAUGAAAAAAAGCAUGGGAACAGUGUAGAAUGGGGGAGGUUUAAUCAUGAUACAAUAGGUAUGAUUGGUAUAGACGUAAACGGUAAUGUUGGGGCGGGAACAUCUACUAAUGGAGCAAGCUAUAAAAUACCAGGGAGAGUUGGAGAUUCCCCUAUACCUGGAGCUGGGGCAUACGCUGACUCACAGGUCGGAGCAGCAGCAGCUACAGGAGAUGGAGAUAUAAUGAUGCGUAUCCUACCCUCCCUUCUAGCAGUAGAAGCUAUGCGAGCUGGUUCUAGCCCACAAAUGGCAGUUCAACAGGUGGUGAACCGGAUAUCAGUGAAGUAUCCUGAGUUUAUGGGCGCUGUUAUAGCGGUUAACCUACGGGGGGAGGUAGGGGCAGCUUGCCAUGGAAUAGCCGAGUUCCCAUACGUAGUCUCCAGUUCGUUUAGUGGAGCAGGCGAGCAGCGCACAGUUCCUUGUUUAUAAACAUUGCGACAUCUGUAAUUUGAAAAUCCGUGCGAAACAUCUGGAAAUUACGUUUUUAGAGAAAUGAAUACACACUCGAAAUAAAAAGCCCUUUUUUAAA